UUCCUUCAGCAUGUCAGCUGCCCCUGUCGGCUCUGUCUGAAAACGGACAGAUCCUCGGGAAAUGGAAAUGCUCUAAUUAAGCACGAGCCUAUUUUUAAUGCCACCAUGUCAUCAGUGGAGAAACCGUCCAGCCGAUCGUCUGUCACAAUUUUCUAAACGCGCGCGGAGCUGUGCGUAGCUUUUUUUUCACUUGAGGAAGCACAUGGGGACUCCGGCGAAAUACCUCUCAUCGGUGCACGAAAGUCAGUCCGUCCCGUUUUCUGUCGGAGAGAUAAUGUGGAACACGACCGAAUCGGCGGCGACAACCGACGGCAGAAAGGAAUUGAUAGUUCGGACGGUGACUGGCUGCCUGCUCUCCAUCCUCAUCCUCUGGACGCUGCUGGGAAACAUUCUGGUGUGCUCCGCGGUGCUGAAGUUCAGGCACUUGCGAACUAAAGUGACUAACAUUUUCAUCGUCUCUCUGGCGGUGUCCGACCUGUUCGUCGCGUUGCUGGUCAUGCCCUGGAAAGCCGUGGCCGAAGUUGCGGGGUACUGGCCGUUCGGGGCGUUCUGUAACAUCUGGGUGGCUUUUGACAUCAUGUGCUCCACGGCUUCGAUCCUCAACCUCUGCAUCAUCAGCGUGGACAGGUACUGGGCCAUAUCGAGUCCGUUCCGAUACGAGAGGAAAAUGACUCAGAGAGUGGCCUUUGUAAUGAUCAGUGUAACAUGGACGUUGUCUGUACUUAUUUCAUUCAUACCAGUCCAGCUCAACUGGCACAAAGCCAGCGACGAGACGGUCGGGACAAAUAGCACAUCUUUUGGGGACAAAGCCGAAAAUUGUGACUCCAGCCUCAACCGAGAAUACGCAAUCUCGUCUUCUUUGAUAAGUUUCUAUAUUCCCGUUGCAAUUAUGAUUGUGACGUACACGAGAAUCUACAGGAUUGCUCAAAUUCAGAUACGGAGAAUAUCUUCUCUAGAGCGCGCGGCGGAGCACGCGCAAAGUUGCAGGACCAACAGACUCGAGUGCCAACACCACAAUACCUUGAAAACAUCGAUUAAAAGGGAAACCAAAGUCUUAAAAACUUUAUCUGUGAUUAUGGGUGUUUUUGUGUGUUGCUGGUUACCUUUCUUUAUUUUGAACUGCAUCGUCCCGUUCUGUGACAGACCACCGACUGACCACAAAGCCGGGCUUCCUUGCGUGAGUGACACGACUUUUGACGUGUUUGUGUGGUUUGGAUGGACCAAUUCGUCUCUAAAUCCAAUUAUCUACGCGUUCAAUGCAGACUUUAGAAAAGCCUUUGCCAGUCUUCUGGGUUGCCGUCAUUUCUGCUCGAGAACACCAGUUGAAACUGUGAAUAUAAGCAACGAGCUCGUCUCUUAUAACCAAGACACUCUAUUUCAUAAAGAAAUCGUUACCGCGUAUGUCAACAUGAUUCCUAAUGUAGUGGACUGCAUCGACGAUAACGAGGAAACUUUCGAUAGGAUAUCACAGUUUUCUCACAACAAUGAAAUCGCGACAGAUUCAGUAUGCGAUCUGGACGACUGCGAGGCAGAUAUUUGCUUGGACAGACUCACACCAUUCACUCCCAAUGGUUUACAUUAAGUCAUUCAUUUGUCUAAAUCCAUGCGUGAAAAGGAUGUAUUGCUCUAUUCAGAUAUUUAAAAUGUGUUGUUGUGAUUACAUGCAUACAGUGAUGUCGUAAUAUUGUGAUAAUAGCCAGGGACAUUCUGUGUUAUUUAUUGAAAGGGUAUGGGCACAUGCAUUUAAAAAGUGUUGCUUAAUAUUAACAACUCUAAUAAUUUAAAUAUUAAUUUAAAGUCAGUAUACUGUAUUUCAUAUGCAA